GGCAUCAGUCUCAUACUGGCCGCUAACAUGCGCGCGCGUCCCAAUUUUCAAAUAUGGAAUUCGCGGUUUUCGAAUUUUUCGAAUCGAAUUUCGAACAUGUUUCGUUCGCGAUACAUUGCGUGUGGUGAUGGUUGAUAGUUGUACCGGUUCUAUGAGAGCAGGCGAUGAAUGAUGCCACGUCUACAGACGUCUUCGGGUGUCGGCACAGGAAAUAUCCAGCAUCCAAAAGCCAGCAUUUAUAUUAAUUAUGUUUGAUAACUAAAAAACACUUAAUGAAAUCCGAAUAAGUAAACCUAAUCAUAAAAUAAAUAUAAAAAAAUGAAAAUUUUUAUACGGUAUCGAAAUUGGGUAUAACCCCUACAUUAUUUAUUAACAUUAACAAUAUUUAUAAAUGGUGAUGUAUGAUCUGGUAAUUUCGUGUAUAUAGUUGCUAAAGUGGCGGCUUUAGUUUAUUAUAUUUCAUGGAAAAACCACAUGCGAGGGUUUUGUGAAAGAGUUUGUUAAUGUUUUUAAAUCUUGCAAACGUUAUGCCUAAUUUACUAAUAGUUUGCGGACUAAAGAAUUCAAAACGUAGGAACAUAGAACGUAGAACUUAGGUAGGAACGUAAAAUUAUAAAAUUAUAGGAUGGAUAAUAUAAAAUCGUAAAAUUAUCCAACGCGAUCUUUGAUUAAGAUUUUCUUUGGAUAUUUAGAUAAGCUUCUAUCAUAAACUUGGGCACGAACUUAGUUAUUUAAAAAAAUAGAAAAUUAGUAUAGACUUCUAAGUUUUGGUACUGCUUACUUUUUUAUUAAUUAAAUUAAUAACGCAAACUUUUCAACUCAACAGACACCCGUCGGCACAGUCACUUCAAAGGUCUAAAAGUGAUCAACUUCAGAUUCACCAACAAGGUACUGCAAAACGAGCUGGAUGAGGCAGUCCUCAACCUGCACAUCCAGGACUUGGAGACGAGGAACACCACCAUCGACCCUGACGAACCGUUCACCAUAACCUUGCAAGUCAGUAGGGUGACGAGGAACAACCAGGGGAGCAAAGCAUCCGUACCUUACACCGACAACUCGGUCAAGAUGACGAGAAAAGAAUUGAGAACGGGAAAGUGGUUGAAGGUGAACAUAACCACGAUGGUUGCUGAGUUCUGCAGACUGCCGAGGGAGAAUUUAGCCAUAGUUGUGAGAGUACAAGACUCGAAGAAUAGAAUGAGUUUGGUUGUGCCGCAUCCGAGCUCAGAAUCAAAUAAUGCUUUGAUGCCAUACAUAGAAGUAAGUCUAAGAGACAAUUCGCACAAGCGCACGCGCCGUACCAUCGGCAUGGAUUGCACCGAGAACUCCAAGGAGGCCCGAUGUUGUCGGUACCCCCUCGUCGUGAACUUCGAAGAGUUCGGCUGGGACUGGAUCAUCGCUCCCAAAGUCUACGACGCCAACUACUGCAGUGGGGAAUGCCCUUACAGUUUCCUUCAAAAAUACCCCCAUACUCAUCUUGUUCAUCUAGCAGCUCCUCAAGGAAGUGGGGGCCCUUGCUGUGCCCCCAGAAAGAUGAGUAGCAUCACCAUGCUGUAUUUCGACCAUGACUACAAUAUUAUUUACGGGACUAUCCCCGGGAUGGUUGUAGAAAGCUGUGGAUGCUCAUAGCAACGUUUUAGUAUAGUGUGGCUCCAAGCAUUGUCAAACGUUCGAGAUUUUUUUUUACGAUUUAUCUUGCUAGAUGUUUUGUUGUGCCUACUCUUGAAAGAAUCUCCCACCUAGUUGCCUAAUUUUGAAUAUUGUUUUAUCUAAGUUUUGAUAACAUUUAAUUCAUGAGUUCAGUCAUUCAUUGAUUUACGUCAAUCGUGACUUAGAACGAACUUAACCCGCAAAUGCACGUGGAUUAUAUUAUAAAGUUUUUUAUUUUUGUAAUUUUUCUUGAUGUAUUUUUUGGCAUUUUUAGUAGCUUAUUUAAAUGUGUAAUUUUCCUUUUAAUUGCAAUAAAUGCUUGGAGCCUUUAGUGUGGAGUCUAUAGCUAUGUGAUAUUCGGUUGAAGACUGCAAACCUUUUUGUGUUGUGUGUCGUGAGUGUGAAAUAUGUACAUUUUUAUUUUACGUUUGUACCUACGUCUAGUAUAAAUUACUCAACCUGUAACGUCUGGUUCAAACGAGGCUAGCGAAUAUCUUAACUGGUUAUUAUUAAACUUACCAGUUGAUAACAUAACUUUUAGAGAUUGUUACUGUACCUACAGAGUACAGAGUAGCAGCAUUAAUAGCGAUAAUACAGUCUCUCAGUUUUUAUUUAUUUUCUUUGCUUGAUUAAUUUCUUUAUAAUAUAAACUGAGAUGAGAGCCGUCUAGAAGUUUUCGGCCUAGCCUCGUUGGAAUCAUAUUGUUAUAUACUUAUAACUUCACUUGUAAGUAGGUUUCACCCAUUUCGAUUUAAAUGUCCAUCAUCAUACGACAUUACAAUUUUAUUUACUAAACAACAUAGUGUUAGAUACCUAUACACUCAGUUAUCUAGAACGCUUGUCGCCAUUUUCAAUUAACUUCUAAAACUGGUGAUUAUCAAUUUAAUUAAUUAUUUUAAAUCAAUAAUUGCUAUUUUUUCCAACCAAGUGACCCCUGACUUUUUUAUUGGACAAAGAUAAUAGUGUAAAGGUUCGAGCGAUAAUACAUUUUUAUCGUUUUAUUUUUUAUAUGUAGCAACGAGUUAUCAAGUAAUUCUUUGACUUGCGUCUCAAAAUGGCAUUUAUUUUUUUCUAUUUUAAGUCUUAUUUAGACUUGUUCAGUAUCGCAUUUAAUAGUACACGGGCUAAGAUACGAUGAUAACAAUGCAUUUAAUUCUAGGAAUGCACUUUAGGUAUUUGGUGAAUUCACGAUAAUGACAUAUAGAAUUCUCUUCAGAACAUGUGUGACCUAAUUUAAUGAUCUUAAUUUACUCUGAAAAUGUCAAGGAAGUAGUGCUUUUAAUUUAAUAUUAUUCUGAUUAAGAAUACCUACUGUCGGUUCUGUUUUAUUUUUAUCUACUUAAUGUAAGUUGCCCGUGGAAUGCAUUUCUGUCUUGUCUUCACGUAUUUUUCAUAUUAGCGUAGUCAUGCUCCAUUUUACCAUCAAAAUUUAAUUAUAAGUAGGUAGCUCUAUGUAAUUCGAUGUAAUGUAAUACGUACUUUUGGAAUUUCUCUUUUGAUAUUGUUUGGAUCUCGAUCAAAAUUAUAUUUUUAUAAUAAAAAUUUCAUAGUUUCUUUUAAGAUUCUAGCGGGUGGUGCUUAAACGAUAGUUGCUUUAUUUAUAAAACAUACUAAAUAUUAUUGUAUCAGUACCUACCCUUGUAAUAUGACGUAUUAUUUUGGCGUGAUCAAAUUUUUUAGAUAUUUUUUUCGUAAUGUAAGUUUUUUUUAGAAAAAUUAUAACGGGCGUAGAAUUUUCAAAAAUUAGAUCUCAUUUUAAGGCAACAGUUCUAUUGAGUGCCUUUAUAAAGAUCUCCCAAAACGUUUGGAUAAUAACAAAAUAAAGAAAAUAAAAUGUUUUUUAUAAACAUUGUAGGGUUAAGAAUUUUGUGUUAGAAUCUAUUCGACGUAACUUGUUUAUUGUCAAAAACUAACAUUUUCAUGUUGAUAAGUUUUUAUAAAAUAAAUUUUCAAUUCUUUA